AUGGUCCACAGCCGCCAGCGAAGCCAUCCUCCAAAUCUGCUCUUGCAAUCUGCCAUGGAUUUGCUCUGGACCGAGAAUGUGGUGCCGCACGCCUCUCACUUCUCCGCCGCGAUCUACUUCGCCUUCGCCAGUUUCGUGGCCAGGUUCUUCCUUGACAGAUUCGUCUUUCGCAGGUUGUCCAUUAGGAUCUUGACAAAGGGUAGAUCUCCUUCACAUAUUACUACUAAGGAAAUGCAAGUAAAGAUUGGGAAAUGCUCAGAGUCAAUGUGGAAGCUAACAUAUUAUGCUACUGUUGAAGCAUUCAUUCUUAAAAUUACCUACCAGGAACCCUGGUUCAGUAAUACGAAAUUAUACUUCAAUGACUGGCCAAAUCAUGAGUUAAAGAGUUCCCUAGUGUUGUACUACAUGUGCCAGUGUGGGUUCUACAUAUACAGUAUUGCUGCUAUUCUCACAUGGGAGACUAGAAGGAAGGAUUUUGCGGUGAUGUUUACCCACCAUGUAAUUACUGUUUUACUGAUUGGGUGCUCAUAUAUGACAAGUUUUUUUAGGAUUGGUUCUAUAAUCCUCGCCCUUCAUGAUGCAAGUGAUGUAUUCAUGGAAGCUGCCAAGGUUUUCAAGUAUUCUGGAAGGGAGUUUGGUGCAAGUGUGUGUUUUGGAUUUUUUGCAGUUUCGUGGCUCAUAUUGCGGCUAAUUUUCUUUCCUUUUUGGGUUAUUAAAGCAACAAGCAUUGAUCUUCAGCAGUGCCUAAACCUGUCAGAGGGUUAUGACAUGUUUCUUUACUACAUUUUUAAUACAAUGCUCAUAAUGCUACUCAUCUUUCAUAUAUACUGGUGGAAGCUCAUAUGUGCAAUGAUCUAUAGACAGCUGGAAAAUAGGGGGAAAGUUGGCGAGGAUAUAAGAUCUGGUAAGCAUAUUUCAUCGGACAGAUUGAGGAUUCAGACGAUGAUUGAAAUUGACUAG